GCUCGAAUGUACACUUAUUAUGCUUAAUUAUGAUGUUCAAAUGAUAGCACUAUAUUUGAACUCUUAUAUGGGUUCUUUACACUUUAUAACAAAGUUUAUAGGACAAGUUGCUCUGAAAUAUCCAAUAGGCCCCAAUCUAUAUAUGUAGAGACUCUUCUUUGGCAAAAUUAAAGAUUUACAAGAGAUGACGAAACUAAGGAUGGUAAAAGAAAUCAGAAUCUUGAAUACUGAAAUUUUUGAAGGAAAGAAUCAGCCCUUAUAAAGAAACAAUAUUCUUUGUUCAAAAAAAAAAGGAAACAAUAUUCAUUUCCUUCCAAAAUCUCUUCUUUAAGAUGAUCUACACAAUUAAAUACCGUUGAUUUCGAAAAUUGAAGUUCAAAAUCAAUAUGAGGAUUUGAAAUAAGAGCUUACAUGCACAAACACAUAUCUCUCUAUAUAUAAGUGAGUAGGUUUACAUGGUUUAAUUUUCUAUAACACGACACACUCAAAGAAGAGAAGCAAGCAUAACACAAAACUUUCUAUAACUACUAAAAUGGCAAACAAGAUGGUCGCAUAUCUUUAUAAGAAUACGUUCAUGAUGAUUGCUCUUGUUCUCAUCCUUUUAAUUUCAGGUUCAGAAGCAAGAUCGAAUGUAAUAAUAUACGAUCCGAUGUGUCCUGGAGUAUGUGGAAAUUUUGUUAAACCAGAUUGCAAUGGACUUUGCCAUGGGUUAGGGUUUCCUGCAGGAGGAUAUUGUAAACCAGGAAACACAUGUUGUUGCAAAAAGAAACACUCUGGACCUGCUGAUGUUCCAGCUACUGCUUGAUUGUUAUUUCUUUUACUAAUGUCAUUCAUUUACUCUAGAAUAAAACUUCGAAAUUUGCAAUGUGAUGUAUCAUUUUUGUUUUUCUUUAUUUGUUUGAUAUAAGCAAA